AUGGUGCUUCUUGACGGGGAAUUUAUCGUCUUUCAACCGUUCUUAGCUGCUACAUCCAUACCAUCUUACACAGAAGGAAAUCUAUGGCUUGAUCCUUCCGAAUACGCAACUGCCACAACCAACUUGCCUCCUUCAAACGGGCACCUUCUGGUUGCAGGACAGCUGUAUCUGAAUAUUGUGCUGACGAACUACCGCAUGUUGCUCUUUAGAGCAAUUAGUCCAACGGAAUUUACUCCCUUUGCAAGUAUACCCCAUUUUAUGGUCGUUUCUAUUUCUAAGAUUGGAGGAAAGAAGUCACGCGACGCCUAUGGUGUGCUAAUUAGCCUCAUUACACCUCUACAGUUUGCCGUCUUUUUGCCUCGACAUAACAAACAGCGCACUAUCUUUAUCGGUACGCUACUAAAGUACGCAUCACCCAGGCUCACUCUGACACACCUGUUUCCUUGCUUUUCUCUUUUCACGUCUCCUAAGGCAGAGAAAGGCUGGUUUAUAUACGAUCCAUUUGCAGAGUACUGUAGGCAAGGCGUGGGGACGCCGCGUUUAGAUCUAGAGAAAUUCAUGAAGCCCUUUGAUCUAUCGGUGGUCAAGCGGCCACUAGGGACGCUUGGAAUCAAGGCCUCAGAUGUCAAAGACGGCAUGUACCGCAUUGUGACCGGAAACCCAAAGCUCAUGGUGUGUAUUCACGAGUAUGAAGAAAUGAGAAAGGAAAAGGAGCGGGCGCUCCCUUGUAAUCCUGGACACGUUCCCUUUUGGUCGCUCACCGACGCAAACUUUGAUUACUCAGUUUGUAACACUUAUCCUUUCUUACUAGCAGUUCCUAGUCGUUACUCAGGAGAGAACAAUCUUGACGCACUUCAGCUCGUUGCUGGGAAUCGUUCUCAUAGGAGACUCCCAGUGUUGGCGUGGAAGGACAAGGAUGACCGCUACGGGGUCAUUCUGCGUUCCUCUCAACCCUAUAACCCAACAAAGAAAAGCGAUAGCAAAUUUGUGGCUGAUAGAGCAUACCUGCAACACAUAUGGCAACACUACGGCGCCCUGCAUAAGAAGGAGAAGCUCUUAGUGAUUGAUGCUCGGACAAGAGCUAACAUGCAGAUGAACCAGUUUGUUGGUAGGGGAACGGAGGGGUAUCCCUUUGUGCAUGUGGAGUUUCUUGAUAUACCAGGAUGUCAAUACAUUCAACAGAGGCAUAUUGCAGACUGUGCAUUGUUUGCCUCCACACAAGAUAAUUUUCAAUAUCAUCGCUUGGGGCGCGUCGGUGGCAUUACUGAGGUACUCGGAGUUGAUCCGCGUAACUACAUAUUGCAGGACACAGAGUGGAUGAAGGUAGAUGAAGUACAGACGACAAGGAGUCAGCAAGAUUUCGUGGCAGAUAAUCAGCCACCUGCUGAACUUGUUAGUAGGGAUAGAAUCAGGGAGGAUGGCGUUGAUCAUGAAAGCUCCGAAUGUGAUAUCUCAGGGGUAGAGCAGCUAUCUCCAAGUAUAGACUUUAACACGAUUGCAGUACCGCAAUAUGUCGGUAAUGAAAAUGUUGACCAUAGCUGUCAGGCGGGCUCCUCCGUUGUUAUGAUUAGGACAAAAUGGACUAGCACACGUCAGCUUGAAGAAGUACACAGACUUGUCAUUGCAGGAGCCGUUUCUAUAUGCGAAAACAUCAUUCGAGGAACUGUGGUUCUUGUUCACUGUUCGGAUGGCUGGGACAGGACCGCCCAGUUAGUCGCUCUUGCGAUGCUUAUGCUUGACCCCUAUUAUCGAUCUAUGAAUGGCUUCUUUGUCUUAAUAGAAAAGGAGUGGUGCUCGUUUGGACACAGGUUUUCUUCACGGUGCGGAAUUCUACAAGUUAGCAAUCAGGACCAGGAAUCUCUUGAAGACGCUGAUAGAGGAGACCUCUCAUCGAGUCUAUGCAGCCCUGUCUUCCUCCAAUUUCUGGAGCUCGUCUACUACCUUUUGAGCGCAUAUCCGUCAGAGUUUGAGUUCACCGAAGAGGUUCUCAAGUACCUUGCCUAUCACACCUAUAGUGCUCGAUUUGGGACCUUUAUCGGCGACUGUGAGCUAGAUAGGCUCUUGUGCCAGCUUCCUAUACGGACCGCCAGCAUAUGGGAUCAUCUGUUGGCAUGUAAAGAUCACUAUACAAACAAAGGGUACUCGCCAGAGUCUAUUCUGAAGAAAAAUGGAUGGGUGUAUCUCAAGCUCAAUUGCAACAGACAGCUUCCUGCUUGGCCAGGCUAUUGGGAGCAGCACAUACCUAAGCCUUAA